AUGCUUAUGGCCUACCACUCGCGAGUGCCGCGUUGUGAAGAAUACCAUGCCUGGCCACUGUGUCCCGCAAUUGCAGUAGUAGACGCAGUCAGUCUCACUGGCACUGACACUGAUAACAUCAGCACACCUGUAACACCCGCCGACCGCUUCAGAACUCGGCCCUUGCGAAACGAUAGCGCGGAAUCCUCUCUCGAUGCAGCUGUUGCUUCACCGAAUCGCGCAUAUGCACAUCCGUGUUUGCACCACGACUCCGCAAAUUACCCAAAUGCCCUUCACAAUACACCACCUCUGAAGCCAGCAGAGUCACGCCCUAGGCCCGUCUCGCCCUUGGGGUUAGCUAAUGUCCGCAUUCGUCGCUCCCACCACGGCUCACGACUGCUUCAGUCUCCUGCGCGUGCUGGCCACGCCGCCCGCAUGAGGCAGCUUUUUGAAGAUGCUAGCCAUGAACAGCAAACACUGCAGCCGGCACAUUUGCCAUACCCACAGUUGCCAAACAUUUCAGCAAAAGCAUCGUCGCCGCUAGCUCGAUGUGGCCACGUGCACAACCAUUCGCAGCAAGCCACCUCCCCCGUUCGCCGACUAGAGUCUCUAUGCAUACCAACGACGUUGUUACCAAGCCCUCGGCCAGGUUUCGCAAAAACGUCGCAACAGAGUUCUGAGUCCUGGUCCGACGAUUCCGGCUACCUGAUUCCAGGCUCGCGUAGUAAACCCAACCCAAAGUCUAUCCGCGCCUCUGUACUUGAUGACCACAUCUCCAAGUGGCUCACUGGUGUUUCAACGCCAAACGGCCAUGAACCUUACGCCAAGCCUCCCCAACCAAAUACGUAUUCCAGGCCCCAAUUCUGUCAGCGCUCGUCCUCGAAUUUCAGUGAAACAGCUUCGAGAAGCGGUCAAGAGGCGCUAGAAGCACCUUCAGCAAACACCGUCACCAUACGCGAUGUCUUCCAUACUCGCACAGAGUCUACCAUCCACCCCACAACACCACUUCAUUCGCGUCCUCGUGAUGCUAACAAUCAAGUCUUGUCCCCUGAUCCCGACCUCGAGCUCAGCCCUCUAAGCCCAAAUGUCUGCAUCGAGCGCGGCCCAUCGCGCUACCAUUCUUCCCGUAACUUACACAGUGCUGCAUCUCCCACCAAAUCUCUCUACGUGUCCUCCAAGGAAAACGCCACUCCUCCUAAUGAUAUUACUUCUCACCACGCACAACGUGGUAGUAGCGGAGGUGGUGCCCAGGAAUCCCCCUGUAAAAUCGGCAUCGGAACACGAUUCCAGCACCCAAGUCACACUCCCCAUACGAGCCGCGGAAUACGCACACGACAUGUGGAUCCGCAAAGCUCAGUCUGACAGACAGACGCACCAACCAUCUCAAAGAAGCGAGCGAGGGGAGCUGCGAUGGGGAUACACAGAUGCUAGGGUAAGCAACAAAGCAUGAAAGAGAGGUGAUACGAUAUUAGUACUUGUGUAAUCAUAUCAUCCUUACUAUAACACUAGCCGGUUUCCC